AUGGGGAAAUGGGCCAAGAGAGGAACGGACAUGUAUAAAUCAGGGUUCAGUGACGUUGACAUCAUGCCGGAGCUUUCUGAAAAUGUUCUCCUUUAUCCGUAUCAGAUCUUAGGGCCCACCAGUAGCCGCUUAGCCAACCCAGGGAGUGGACAGAUCCAACUGUGGCAAUUCCUCCUUGAGUUGCUGUCGGACAGCUCGAACGCCAGCUGCAUUACGUGGGAAGGAACCAAUGGGGAGUUCAAGAUGACCGACCCCGAUGAGGUGGCCAGGCGCUGGGGAGAACGCAAAAGCAAGCCCAACAUGAAUUACGACAAGUUGAGCCGAGCCCUCCGAUAUUACUACGACAAGAACAUUAUGACCAAAGUGCACGGCAAGAGAUACGCUUACAAAUUUGACUUUCACGGCAUUGCGCAAGCCCUUCAGCCUCACCCGACCGAAUCCUCAAUGUACAAAUACCCUUCGGAUCUCUCCUACAUGCCUUCCUACCACAGCCACCAGCAGAAAAUGAACUUCGUCCCUCCACAUCCAUCCUCUAUGCCCGUCACUUCCUCUAGUUUCUUUGGGGCGGCUUCCCCUUACUGGACUUCUCCUACUGGAAGUAUUUAUCCGAAUCCCAACGUCCCCCGCCAUGCUAAUUCUCACAUGCCCUCACACCUAGGCAGCUACUACUAGGUGCUUUUCACCUUUGCUGGCGUUUCUUGUUUCGAUUGGAUGUUUUCUUCCAUUCUUGAAAACCUCUGGACUUUUUAUAUAUCUAUACCUUUGGGGAGAAAGCUUUAAAAAAACCUGGAUAUUAAUAUUGUUAUUUUCUAUUGUAAUUUUUAUUGGAAUAAACCUUUUUUUAUUUUUCUAACUCUGCUUCCUCAGUCUCAAAGGAACAGCUGAGUUCUCCAGUGGGCCAGUAUCCUGCCUUUCUUUUUGGGGUUCAAAGCUUUUCUCGUUUAUAGGACCUGCUUUAAGAGUUUCUGCAGUGAGUUAUCACCCAAGAACUUGUAGAUGGAGUAUUGUUAAGCCAAAAAGCUUCUUUCGAAAAAAAUAAGUAUGACUUUUAGAACAUGAAUGUUUCUUCCAAAACUAAUGGGAAAUCAUGGUGGUUUUUUUUUUCCUUUCCUCCCUGUUUUGAAAUGUGCUGAAGAAAAUUCGCAAAUUUUGAAGACCCGGUUUGCAGAUAAUCAACUGGAAUUUUAGUUUUUAAGGCCAAUGAAGGCUUGGAUUGUUGUUGUUGUUGUUUUUUCACUCAACUGGAAAGAAAAGAGAAUGAGAUAUAAGUAAAAUAUGUAUAUUUUAAAGCAACUAAGGGCAUUGAAAGGACUUUACAAGAAUGUGCAUUGAGUCACAUGCUUUUGUUAAUAUCUCUGGAAGCACCAGGAAAAAAUAUAAAACAGGAAGGUAUAAUGCAUUGAGGACAGCUAUUCUGAAGAAUGCAAAAUGGAACUAAUAUAAAAUGACAGCAACUCCACCAACUUCAACAAAGUUGGGGGAAUUGCAAAAUAAACAUUACCGAUUCACGAACGCUGUGCGUUUGUCAGUCCGCUACCGAAGAGGUCAACGAAGUCAGAGGGCAACUUACUGUAUAAAUUAUGUAGAGUUAUGUUUUUAACCUAUAUCUCGCAGUAUUGAUGAAAACUGAAACGAGUUGACCUCGGUCACAAAUGCAGUUGUGGUUGUUGUUUGUUUUUUUUAAACUAUCAAAUCCAUUUUUGUACAUCUUUUUAAUCUGUACAUUUGGGUUGCAGCUUUUUUUUGGUUAUUAUUAUUAUUUUUUGUUUUGCUAAAAAAAUAAAGUCUUAAAAAAAAAAGAAGCACAUCUAAUGUGUCUGUUGGAAAAAAAACUACAGGCUCCGUUUGGAAACAAACUGAUGGCUUUAUCCCAAAACUUGGAACAAAGAUCUAUUACAAAACGGUGGCUCAGUGGCUAAGACGCUGAGCUUGUCGAUUGGAAAGGUCAGCAGUUCA